AUGGACAACGAGAGAACGUACCAAGUACCCAGCUUGUUGAAAACUGCGUACUACGCUUGCAACCAGAUCGACCGUGACAGGUUCGACUCGCUGGAUGUACCGGACGUCGAUUUGCGAUCGUGUUGCGAGUCGCUGUUCGAAUUGUUAAAAAUCGAAAAAACCCGAAACGAGGGCAACGAUAGGCACACAAUGUACAGCAGGGCGCUGUUGGCCUCCUCCGACGACGAGAGGUUUAGAAACAUAUGCAAAGAGGCAGCGUCGCACGGGCACAUAAAUUGCCUGAAACUCGCGCACGAGAUCGGCGUCCCUUGGGACGAUAACGAUAGGGCGUAUGACCUGUCUGUGAGACCCGCGGACCUGGAGUCUCUAAAGUACGCUAGUGGACAAUUGUGCCUUUAUGACGAGCGGACGUGCAGCAAUGCCGCGGAGAACGGUCACAUGGACUGCCUAGUUUACGCCCGGGAAAACGGAUGCCCGUGGGACCAGUCGACAUGUUACAAGGCCGCGUUAGGUGGACAUUUGGACUGCCUGGUUUUCGCCCGGGAAAACGGAUGCCCGUGGGACGUGCGUACAUGCAGCAACGCGGCCAUAAACGGUCACAUGGACUGCCUAAUUUACGCCCGGGAAAACGGAUGCCCGUGGGACCAGUCGACAUGUUUCAGCGCCGUGUUAGGUGGACAUUUGGACUGCCUUAUUUUCGCCCGGGAAAACGGAUGCCCGUGGGGUGAGUGGACGUGCAGCAGAGCCACGGAGUACGGUUACACGCACUGCCUAGUUUACGCCCGGGAAGAAAUAUGCCCGUGGGACGAGUCGAAAUGUUACAACGUCUCAGCAUCAGGUGGGCAUUUGGACUGCUUCGUUUACGCCCGGGAAAACGGAUGUCCGUGGGACAAGUGGACGUGCAGCCAAGCCGCGGACGGUGGUCACAUGGACUGCCUGGUUACGAAGAGGGAACAAUGGAGCAUCAUGGAAUUUCAGGCUUAUAACGAUGACUUCCUAGUUGACCCACUGCCGGGAAACGCGUGGCCGAAUAGACGUAUGCCCCGACAAAAGACAGGGGGUUGCGGGUGUAUGCGCAGGCGCCGCCGCAAUUCUAUUAAGCCCCCCCAGAAAUUUGUUUAG